ACGGGUGGAUUUUGGACUACGCGCGUCACUGCUGUGUUUGGGGAUUCCCCUUUGUAAAAACCCUCGUUGGCAGGUUGAUCGGGGUGGACGGAAUUCUGAAGGACUAGAAAUGGUCAAAGUGGUGUUUUUAUGUGACCAGGAGUAAUCAACAUUAACGGAUGUAUUGUGGCCAUGUGUUUGGAUGAAGAAUCCUCGCUGACGCACAGUUGUCGGAAAAUAUAGAUCUGAUUAAAACGGCAUUUUCCUAUAAAGGGGAAAGGACAGCUUUACAUUGGUAGCUAUCGGUAUUGUACUGGUAUCUGUAUAUGGAAACGUGAUCAGGUUCCCGAGGAACAGGGUAUUACCAAGGUCAGAAAGGAGCUCAUGGAACAAAGGGUCUGGGAUGGGCUGUACUUGUAACUGUUGCAUAGCAGGAAUAUUUUUUGUGAUUUUUAACAAAAACAAUGACUACUAGGAUGGAACCGCAGACUCUAAUGGAAGCACUAUAAUUUACAAUGGAGAAGAAAGAUAAGUUCCGUGGUAUCCCAUUGAUACACCUGCCAGUUGCACAACAAAUACGUCUGGCAAAUCGACUGGACCAGGACGAUGGGUCAGGCAAGGAUUACUUUGUCUUUGCACAAACUCUGGAAAAAAUGUGUGGGUUCAAAUUUGGAAUUGCAGAAUAUAAUGCCUUGAAGGUAUUGAGGAGCGUACCACAUGCCAGUCCCACUCUGCUGCUGUUUAACCGCUACUACAUACCCAACCCUAACAUCACCCUGGAAUUAGUGUAUAUGGUGUUACAGGAGAUGGAGUUGGAAGACUGUACAGCUGUGCUGGAGGAAAGCUUUCCUGAGAUAGAACAAAGAUACAAGUCAGGAGAGUGCAGACCAUUUGAUGGAAACCUUAAUGGACAAAAUGAACAUCGCUGUCGAUGUGAAAGUUGUAGACAACACGAUUCAACAGAAUGUAGAACCUUCUCUUCUGCUAAUACGCUUCAUCAUUGUCACCUUCCAAAUUCAAAUGGAAAAACCGCAAGGACAACAUGUCGGUCUCAAAGGGAACCUUUGGAGUUUUCAAGCUUACAUUGUCCAGUUUCAAAUACAAGCAGUGAGCACCCUAGGCAUCAAAGCUUACACCCUAAUUUGGAGAGCGUUGCUCGACCGCCAUUCGCUUUUCCUCCUGUUCAUCAUUCUCAACAAAACAAUCAUCAAGCUGUCCAUCAGAAUGAAUACUCCAUGCUGCUCCAUAAUCAAGACACUUUAAACAUCAGACAGCGUAAUACUCCAUCUCAAGGAGGACAAAACUGGAUACGGCGAGGACCUCAGAUGAGUACUUCUACACUACAGCUACCAUUCUACCAAGGCAGUUCUCUUAAGACACCGGUUACUCAGGCCUACACACAACCUGGACCAGAAACUGGUGCCAUUCCUAAACAGCUAAGGGAAUAUUCCAGUUACCCAGAUGACAGCCCACUGUCUCCUCUUGAAAAACAGAAUAGAGCAGAUAGCAGACAGGGUUUACACAGAAGAAAUUCGUCACCCCACAAUUACCCGUCAGCUAAAUGUCAAAAUGAAGCACUGACUCUACAAAACAAUCCCAAGGAGUACAACAGACAUCCUAGUCAUGUGAAUGACUUAGGGAAAGAUAAUGUGAAACAGUUCUGGCCAGAUAGUACCAAUCAGUGUACCUGUCGUACAGAUGUUAGGGUGCAAUUGUCGGCAGUGGCACCUAGCAGAUAUCAAAAUGGCGGAAUCAGUUCACCAAUCCCGUACACACAACAUGAAUUUUUGCCACCUUCACCUAUAGAUAGUGAAGAUGAUGAAUCUGAACAGACAAAGUUACUUGAAGUGGUCGGAAGUUUCCCUUCACAUUGUACAUGUCCAUCCCAGAACAGUGUCGCCAACAGUAGACAAUCAAGCACCAAGUCUGAUGCUGAGCGACGAUACUCUAACCCACAAGAAAGUUGGUCCUCCUCAAACAACUGUAGUGAAGUCCUCCGUGUGAAGCGGUCUAGUAGUGAUGAAGAAUUAAAAAGGAAUGAUCUCAGUCCUCGAGGAUCAGUAAUCCCACACAAUAACCCUAGACAAAUCAAGCUGUUCCUGACGUUCGCUGAUGACAGCGAAAGGCAUUUGGAGGAAGUCCUUACACUGGGUUCACAGCUGAAGGAUAUAGGGUUCAUUGUUAAAUGUGACAUGUUCAACCAAACCAUUCAAAAGUUGAUUAGCCAGCCUAAUACCAACGAGAAUCGUAGCAGUAUGCAACAAUUCUUCAGCAACACCAAUGACUGGUUAGACUACCAGGUCCAAAAUGCAGACUAUCUAGUUUUCUGCAUUUCACCCAGAUACUAUCAGUAUGUAAGACCACAAGAGCAGAUAUAUGGCAGUGGAAAUAUACCUGCAAAUAGUGUGCGGAGCGCCCACGUUGCCGCAGGAGGUGCCCAACCUAACAACUGCCAUUUGCACACCAAGUACAUUUACAACCAGGCCUGCAGUGAACAUUUCAAUGCACUCACACAAAACAAAAGGUUUUACCCAGUCUUAUUCCCCAACUCUGGUGCUACCCAAUAUCACAUUCCAAACAUUUUCAAGUCAACACUUAUCUUUAACUACCCAGAUCCAAACUCAUCUCUCUUGACAUUUCUUGCAAAUCGGUUGAAUCAGUAGGUGUAAGUGACAAGGUUUUCUUGCUGGUGUGCUUAGAUCUAUGUACAUUAUAGGUAAUACACAAGUUCUGUUAUUCUGCCUCUGUUUGUACUGUCAUGCUUUGGUUAACACCCAUGGUGUAGUUUUCUAAGGCAGACUGUGUUGAUAAAACUAGUAUUCAUUGUGUUUCAUUGCUGAGCUAAAGCUAGAAAUUUCACAUCUUUUAAGAGACUAAACGACAGAUGAGAUCUAGCCAGUUUUUUUACAUACCUGAUAAAUCUUACUAGUGAUUCAGCCUGUUUUAUUACAUACCUGGUAAAUAUUGCUGUAGUGAUACAUGGAGUUUUCUUACAUACCUGGUGAGUCUUAUUUAUUUGACAGUGAUUCAGCCUGUUUUAUUACAUACCUGGUAAAUAUUGCUGUAGUGAUACAUGGAGUUUUCUUACAUACCUGGUGAGUCUUAUUUAUUUAACAGUGAUACAGCCAGUUUUAAUACAUAACAUGGUAAAUAUUGCUGUAGUGAUAUUACUGUGUAGGACCAACACCAGAUAUAGCUAGUACCGAAGCGGACAUGGACGCUGGGCGCAGUCAAGUCACAGGAUGUUUUCCGAUUGUUCUGGUAGUGUAGAGACAAAUAAAGAAACAUAUAUAUAUAUAGAUAGUCACGCAUAGAUGUACUUCAUAUCUGAAACAUCGAUCACCUCAGUAGCCAGAAUUCUGUUGGGUCUGGAGCUCAUCUGAUGGCAUUCACUGCUCUAACUGAACAAAUGAAACAAGAAUAGAUUCUGGACAGUUUAGUGCUAACCUUUUACAUGUUUAAUGUGAUGUCCUUAUUCUGUUCUGGAUGUGAAUGGUUUUGUUCACCAUUUUAAUUGUUCUGUUAAAAGUUUUAAUGAAACAUAUAAAUACAGAAGAUGUUUUAAAAGCAAUCCACACCGCUCUUUAUCUGAGCUUGACUAUGUCUAUCUGACAUAAAGUGAAGAUAUCACAAUUCUUUAUCUGAGCUUGACUAUGUCUAUCUGACAUAAAGUGAAGAUAUCACAAUUCUUUAUCUGAGCUUGAAGAUAUCACAUGUAUUUAUGUGACUUUGAGAGAUGUAAACUUCAAGAUAUAUCGUAUACAUCGUAAUUAGUAUUUUUAUUUGACAUUGAAUAUGUUAAAUGUCCUUGAAGAUGUAUUGGAUAUCUUUAUCUGACCUUAGAAUAUAACGUGUUUCACUGCUGGACUGUGAUGCCUAUGUAUCUGUAUACAUGUACAUUUUGAUUCAUCAAAUUUUAUUUACAAACAUAGGUACAUGUGUUAUACUUUUAUUGUAGAAUUACACUGUGUAUAAAAGAAUGCGUUUUAACUGAUUUAAGUGAACUAAUGUAUAUAUUUUAUAAUUGCCAAUCUUUCAUUUUUUCACAAGGAAGAAACCCUCAAAAUCUCAGUUCUUAACAUGGAAUUGAAUUUGAGCCAAAAGCAAGGUAUUCAGAAUUCUGCUUUUAAAUGCCAAACUCAAAAACGGUCGAAUGUGAAAUAGUGAGAUUGGGCUCCCUCGAAGAAGAUAACUGAGUAUGAUAUAUACAACAUAUACCUACAUGUACUUAAUAUAAGGUGUAGCAUAGUAGGAUAGCUCAAUGUCUUGAAUUUUGCCUGAAAGUGUAAUGUCACCAAGGAAUUAUGUCAUUAUUCCAUUUUGCCUUAAUAAAAUGUAAGAUUUUUAAAAGAUGUAUAUUAUGUACAGUGAUCAGUUAAUAGCCCACACAAUGUCGCUCACACCACGAGAGUAAUAAUAGCCAUUAGGUGUUUUUACACAAAAGGCAUAUGAAUUUUUAUAUAUAUAUAUUUUACAUCUCGUAGUAAUUUUCAGAUCAAAAUAUAUAGCAAACUGCAGACAUGCAUUUGUACUGUGAUACUGAAGUAUCAGAAAAUCCAUCGAGUGUUAACAUAUAAGUAUUAUUUAAGGUUGUGUGUGUCUUUAAGGAUGUAUUCAAAUAUCACCAACGUAUCUUCAAACAUUAAUUACCAUGUCGUAGUUUCUUUAAUUUUGCUAAAUAUCAAUUAAGAAUUUGCUUUUGAUGUUUGCAAUAAUUUAACGAGGUUCGAAAGUGUUCUUUAUGUACAUGUUUAUAAACCAGUAAUCACCCACACAACAGUAAACCAUUUAUAUUAUGUCAUGUGUUUUGGAGUUUACAUCUAUAUUGAUUCAAAAUUAAAUUAAUCACCAACAUCAUUUUUUUAAAUGUUCUAGUUUCAUGAAAUUUGUUAUUUUUUAUUUAUAAUCAUCAGAAUAUGAUUAUACAGAAAUAGUUAUUAAAGUAUUCUGCCUGUACAUCUACAUUCUUUGUCAUUUGCUCAUUAGUGACUUCAUAAUUUCUCAAAAGAUUUAGAGACUGUUUCUUUUCAAAACCUCUAGGACAUUCCGAAAAUUCUGAAAACAGUACUGACAAUCAAAAAGCCCUCCCUGUUUGUUGGUGAAGUAUAAUCAAUAUGAUUAAAACCAGAUUAUAAUUUCCUUCAAUAGUCUGUAUUUGAUAAGGUCGACUGGUAAAUUUGGAUCUGGUUUUCAUCCAUUGUUAUGUGGUGUAUUAUAUACUGUUAACAUACACAAAUAUAUCAUCAUUAAAGUAAUUGUACCAACAUAUUGAUUCUAAUUUUAAAUUAAACAUGUACAUUCCGGGAAAUGUAUGCUAAUUUAUGACUGUGCCAGUAUAGAAUAUUAACAAUGGCAAACCACACCGUUUCAUAUUGCACAUACAAGGCCCCAGUUUCAUGAAUGCUACUUGACUUCAAUUUUUGCACAGGAAAGCAAUACAGAAGUUAAGGGAAAUUCCCUCAUGUUAAGGGAAAGGGUACCACUUUAUUAGUUAUAAUUGCAAAGAGUUCUACUCAAAAGAUUUAUUUUAAUUGGAGUAGUCUCCCUUAUAUAUAGAAGAUUUAGAAAUCAAAAAGACUUUUCUUGGAGCAAUUUUCCCUGUGAAGUUGUUGUGUAACUUUCAAUGUUCACUGUGUUUUCAUUGGCUUUGUGGGCCAUGAAUCGACACUUAUUUUGAUGUUGUACAUUGAUGAUGUCUCCAUGGCAGUAUUAGUAAUGUUUUUUUUUUCUUUUUUUUCUUUUUCUAUUUCAAACAUUCAAAUAUCAAACAACUUUAUAAUUCUUUAAAAACAUUGCAACAAAUCUCUUUGUAGGGAAUACCUCUUUUGAAACUGACUUAUAUUGACAAUGGUAAUAAUGUACUAGUUUUACUUGUUGAUACUCUUUGCCUUAAUACAAGAAUUUUCCUUAACUCCAACAAAUUUUUUUCCAUGGAAAAAUAAGUAAGUUAUUUCCUAAACUUGACACUGGGGCUGAUUGAUAUAUUUUAUUCCAUCAUGUCAGAAUGAUCGGGUUGGUGACAUUGUGUAAUGUAAAUGGCGUUCAAGACAGAUUUGAAUAAAUGGCAGAUGUUCAGAUCUAGUACAAUAACAGUGUUCCGAUGGCUGUUGGAUGAACCAAUAAAGAACUCAAGUCUAAAUGAAUGUGAACAUAUUAUAAAUAUCCAUAUCUUAUUGGAUGUAACAAGUGACUAAUGUCCAUGACUAGUUAGAUUUAAACAAGUGACUUAUGUUCAUGUCUAGUUGGAUUUAAACAAGUGACUUACGUUCAUGUCUAGUUGGAUUUAAACAAGUGACUAAUGUUCAAGUCUAGUUGGAUUUAAACAAGCGACUAAUGUUCAAGUCUAGUUGGAUGUUAACAAGUGACUUAUGUUCAUGACUAGUAAGAAUUGAACAAGUGAAGAGCAUAAUGUCUAGCUAGAUGUGAACAAGUGUUCAGAAUGCUCAUGUCUAGUUAGAUGUUAACAAGUGACAAAUGUUUCUGACUGGUUAGAUUUGAACAAGUGACUUAUGUUCAUGUCUAGUUAGAUUUAAACAAGCGACUAAUGUUCAAGUCUAGUUGGAUGUGAACAAGUGACUAAUGUCCAUGACUAGUUAGAUUUGAACAAGUGACUAAUGUCAAUGACUAGUUAGAUUUAAACAAGUGACUUAUGUUCAUGUCUAGUUGGAUUUAAACAAGUGACUUAGGUUCAUGUCUAGUUGGAUUUAAACAAGGGACUAAUAUUCAAGUCUAGUUGGAUGUGAACAAGUGACAAAUGUUUAUGACUAGUUAGAUUUGAACAAGUGACUAAUGUUUAUGACUGGUUAGAUUUGAACAAGUGACUUAUGUUCAUGUCUAGUUGAAUUUAAACAAGUGACUUAGGUUCAUGUCUAGUUGGAUUUAAACAAGCGACUAAUGUUCAAGUUUAGUUGGAUUUAAACAAGCGACUAAUGUUCAAGUCUAGUUGGAUGUUAACAAGUGACUUAUGUUCAUGACUAGUAAGAAUUGAACAAGUGAAGAGCAUAAUGUCUAGCUAUAUUUGAACAAGUGACUUAUGUUCAUGUCUAGUUGAAUUUAAACAAGUGACUUAGGUUCAUGUCUAGUUAGAUUUGAACAAGUGACUUAUGUUCAUGUCUAGUUAGAUUUGAACAAGUGACUAAUGUUCAUGUCUAGUUGGAUGUGAACAAGUGACUAAUGUUCAAGUCUAGUUGGAUGUGAACAAGUGACUAAUGUUCAAGUCUAGUUGGAUGUGAACAAAUGACAAAUGUUCAUGUCUAGUUAGAUUUGAACAAGUGACUAAUGUUCAUGUCUAAUUAGAUUUAAACAAGUGACUUAGGUUCAUGUCUAGUUGGAUGUGAACAAGUGACAAAUGUUCAUUACUAGUUGCAUGUGAACAAGUGACUAAUGUUUAUGACUGGUUAGAUGUGAACAAGUGACUAAUGUUUAUGACUGGUUAGAUGUGAACAAGUGACAAAUGUUCAUUACUAGUUGGAUGUGAACAAGUGACUAAUGUUUAUGACUGGUUAGAUGUGAACAAGUGACUAAUGUUUAUGACUGGUUAGAUUUGAACAAGUGACUAAUGUUUAUGACUGGUUGGAUUUGAACAAGUGACUAAUGUUUAUGACUGGUUAGAUUUGAACAAGUGACUAAUGUUCAUGUUUAGUUGGAUGUGAACAAAUGACAAAUGUUCAGUUCAGAAACCAGCAAGAGGUGCGUGGUCAUAUCAAGUUUUAUGUGAACAAGUGGCAAUAUUCAUGUCUAGUUGAAUUUUAUAAUGAGUGUUGAAUCUUCAUGUUAAGUUUAAUGUAAUUAUGUUACAAAGGAGUAUAUUUUGUUUUGUUGAUUGUGAAAAAGAGACGAGUGUUCACCUGAAGUUUGAUGUGAACAGGUUACAAAUAUUGAUGUCUUGUUAGUUGUACAUGAGUGAUGACUGUUUAGGUCUAGCUGGACGUGAAAAAAUAGCAAAAGCUCCCAUGUGCUGCUGUUGGUAGCAAAUACAUAAGUGAUGAUUGUUUAGAGGUAGUUGAGUGUGAACAAGUAACCAAUGCUUGGGAGUUGUUGGACAUGAACAAGUAACCAAUGCUUGGGAGUUGUUGGACAUGAACUAGUAGCCAAUGGUUGGGAGUUGUUGGACGUGAACAAGCGACCAAUGCUUGGGAGUUGUUGGAUGUGAACAAGCGACCAAUGCUUGGGAGUUGUUGGACAUGAACUAGUAACCAAUGCUUGGGAGUUGUUGGACGUGAACAAGUAACCAAUGCUUGGGAGUUGUUGGACAUGAACUAGUAACCAAUGCUUGGGAGUUGCUGGACGUGAACAAGUAACCAAUGCUUGGGAGUUGUUGGAUGUGAACAAGUAACCAAUGCUUGGGAGUUGUUGGACAUGAACUAGUAACCAAUGCUUGGGAGUUGUUGGACGUGAACAAGUAACCAAUGCUUGGGAGUUGUUGGACAUGAACUAGUAACCAAUGCUUGGGAGUUGUUGGACGUGAACAAGUUACCAAUGCUUGGGAGUUGUUGGACAUGAACUAGUAACCAAUGCUUGGGAGUUGUUGGAUGUGAACAAGCUACAAAUCUCCAUGUCCUGUUGGUUGUUAACAAGAGUUCUGAUCUAUUAAACAUGAACUUAUUACAAAUCUCCAUGGGGCCGCAGUGGCCAACUGAUGAAGGUGUCUGACUAUGAUCAGUGCUUUUUCUCUUUUGUUUGUGACCAAGUGACAUAUGUUCAGGUCUAGCUACCGAUACCUUGUUGCCAAGUUGCUGGAUGUGAACAUGCAAGGAGAGAUGAUAGCUUGGUUUGAUACGAAUAAGCUAGGAAUCAAGUGUUAGAUUGUUUCAUAACAGUAUAGUUAUCGAUGAGAACAGCUUGAAACUGUGUAUCCAUGUAUUCAUAUAAAUUAUGUAACAAAAAUGAACAGAAUUAUUAUUGCCAUUACCAGUAUGUUCAUGACAAUAAAAUGUUUGA